UAAAUACUGCCGCGUGACCUAAGUGAAGGUCACAUUGGAGUUCACGAUGCCGAUCGUAUCUAUCUCUCAAUCGACUUUAUUCCAGAAACUUCAAAAGGAAUAUUCUCAAGAAGAAUUUGAAGAAUUAUGCUUCAGUUAUGGUCUUGAACUUGAUGAAGUUACUACUGAAAAAGAAUUAGUCACUCGUGAAAAAGGAAAAGAAAAGUCUAAAGGAUGUAGUACUGAACCAGUCUAUAAAGUCGAAAUACCUGCCAAUCGUUAUGAUUUACUCUGUCCUGAGGGUUUAUCUCGAGCUCUUAUGAUAUUCGAAUCUAAAAUGAAGCCUCCGGUUUUUGUCACUAAUAAGCCUCAGAAUCCCAUCCAGCUGCAUGUUUUACCAUCGACGCAAAGUGUUAGACCUUUUGUCGUUGCUGGUGUAUUAAGGAACAUUGUACUGGAUGAGUCUCGACUCAACAGCUUCAUUGAUCUCCAGGAGAAGCUCCACCAAAAUUUGUGCAGAAAGAGAUCUUUAGUCGCUAUCGGCGCACAUGAUUUGGACACUUUAAAUCCACCAUUCUUUUAUGAUGCUAAAUCUCCUAAUGAUAUUCGUUUUAAAGCAUUGAAUAAAACUGAAGAGCAUAGGGCUGAAGAAUUAAUGCAAAUUUUUUCAAAUGAUUCACAUUUAAAACAAUAUCUUCCAUUAAUUCAAGAUAAACCUAAAUAUCCAAUUAUUUUUGACAGUUCCAAUGUUGUCCUAUCAAUGCCUCCUAUAAUAAAUGGUGAUCAUUCUCGAAUUACCACAAAAACACGAAAUAUUUUCAUUGAAGCAACUGGUACUGACUUACACAAAGCUAUUGUUGUUCUUGACACACUGAUCACAAUGUUCUCUGAGUAUUGUAAAGAACCAUUCACCGCUGAAUCUGUCGAAAUUAUUCAACAUGAUGGUAGUCGUUACUUCUAUCCACGUCUAGAUUAUCGUGAUGAAGUUGUCAGUAUUGAUUACAUCAAUCGUCAAUUAGGUACCAGUUUUUCUGAAUCAGAAGUAAUCAAUUUAUUAAAUCGUAUGGGUUUCACAUGUACAAGUGUAUCUUCCAAUCAGUGUAAAGAUUCAGUGUCAGAUUUAUUAAUAACAGGUCAAAAUGUAACCGGUCUUAUCUCUGUACGUAUACCACCAACAAGACAUGAUAUUUUACAUGCAUGUGAUAUCGGUGAAGAUGUUGCUAUUGCAUUCGGUUAUGAUAAUAUACCGGAAUCAUUACCACAAACUUACUGUGUAGCUGGUAAUCAACCAAUCAGUCGUUUAACCGAUUUGAUUCGUGCUGAAAUAGCUCAAAUGGGAUUUACUGAAGUGUUAAGUUUCUCAUUAUGUUCCAGAGAAGAUGUCAGUACUAAACUAAGACAUAAAUUAGAUGAUAUUCCAGCGGUACACAUAUCUAAUCCGAAAACAUUUGAUUUUCAAGUUGUUAGAACUAGUUUAUUACCAGGAUUAUUGAAUACACUGGCCAGUAAUAGAAGUUUACCAUUACCUUUGAAAUUAUUUGAAGUUCAAGAUAUUGUAGUAAAAAAUCCAUCUAAAGAUGUUGGCGCCAGUAAUCAACGACGUAUUUGUGCAAUUUAUUAUAAUAAAAAUUCCGGUUUUGAAAUUAUUCAUGGUUUAUUAGAUAGAAUAAUGCAAUUAUUACAAAUUGAAUCAAUUUUAUCGAAAAAAAACACACUUGAAAAAUCUCAAUCGAAUUUCACCUAUAAACUGAAUGCUACUUCAGAUCCAACCUAUUUUGAUGGUCGUUGUGCGGAUAUUAUCUUGGAGCCUGGUAAUAAAACUAUUGGCCGACUAGGUAUUUUACAUCCUGAAGUGAUAAGAAAUUUUGAAUUAACAAUGCCUUGUUCAGCGUUAGAUUUCGAUUUGGAAGUGUUUCUUUGAACUCCCCCACCCGCGUGUCACAACACCACUGAUAAUUAUGUGUAGUAGUAGUAAAGUAGUAGUAUGCAAAUAAAAAUGCUUUUUGUACUUUUAAACGAAUGUAUUUCCUGAUAAAUAAUGAUGUAUAUCGUGCUUUGUUUUUUUUUCAAUAUUUUGUAAACGCUACUAAUGAAAAAAAUGAUUUUUAUUUCAAGACCAAUAUUGUCUUCUGAAUAAAAUCUCAUUGAUUGCAAUA